CGCCAGUAGACGUUGUAUCGGCGUAAAAAGAGAGAUCAAAAUAUGCGUUGCAGAAUUAUAUCCUUCGUCGGUGUACUGUGUUGUGUCGCAUUGGCGGAGGCCUUCAUUGAUUGUCGGUGCUUGUUGCCCCGGGGAUCGGCGGCAGGUGUCACGUGGUUCAGCGUCUGUAGCUUGCCAGGCCGUGAAGAAAAAUACGCCGAGCAAUGUCCUUAUGGCCUGACGAAGGAUUUUUGCCGCUGCUGUGACGUCUGCGCCAAGGGUCCAGGUGAAAAAUGCUACAGAGGAUUCCCUGCGUGGGGACAACCCAUGGGAUGCGCCAAGAAUUUCAUUUGCGAAGAGACGAUAUCGGGAACAUAUAACUACCGAUGCGUGAAGAAUACGACAGCAGAAACGCUGCUCGAAAGUGCUCAAUAUGACGGUGGUCACACCUUAGAUGAUCAUAUCCAGGAAUCUGGCAAUGUUAAAGCUGAAGCGACAUCGGAUGGAAAAGUAACUAACGUUGGAACUGACAGAAUAGAAGCUAACGACGAAACUGGUAGAACAGAAUUAACUAACGCUGAAUCUGACAGAAUAGAAGCCAAGACUAAAUCUGACAGAAUAGAAUUAACUAACGCUGGAAGGCUUGGAACUGACAGAAUAGAAUUAACUAACGCUGGAAGGCUUGGAACUGACAGAAUAGAAACUAAGACUGAAUCUGACAGUAUAGAAACUAAGACUGAAUCUGACAGAAUAGAAUCUAAGACUGAAUCUGACAGAAUCGAAACUAAGACUGAAUCUGACAGAAUAGAAGCUAAGACUGAAUCUGACAGAAUAGAAUCUAAGACUGAAUCUGACAGAAUAGAAGCUAACGUAGACAUCGGCAGCGUAAAUGUUAGAGAAAAUGUGGACGUCAUUAGAUCAGAUUAUAAACAUGAGCGCGAUGGCGCGGACAAAGUAUCGCACGGCGUGGAUGAAGAGCCGCCAACCACGGAUGAUGGACACCAUGACGUCAUAGAUCCCCUCAAGCUCUCGUUUCUGUAA